CCGAGCAGUCGAGGGACGAGCAGGGUUUCAUUGUGGCGAGGGUUGAGUUUACAGUUUGUACUGUUAUAUAAUUUCAUUUUGUUGGGUGUCUCGGCGGCGUAAACCUUCUCCGUCGCUGAUUACUAGCCGUUCGAAUCGGAAUGGCCGAACCGAGCGCCCGAUAUCAGCAGCUGCCCAAUGAGGAGGAACCAGAAGGGGGUCCACAGGUUGCAGCUGACGCUCCACCCCCAUACAGCAGCAUUGCAGUGGACAAUGUUGCCUACUUUGACUAUAAGGAAGACGGGGCUCUCCCCAAGCCUCCAUCAUACAACGUAGCCACUACGCUACCUUCCUAUGAUGAAGCAGAAAGAACCAAGGCUGAGACAACUGUUCCCCUGGUAACUGGAAGAGAUGAAGACUUUGUGACCAGGGACGACUUUGAAGAUGCUGAUCAGCUGAGGAUAGGAAAUGACGGAAUCUUCAUGCUCACUUUUUUCAUGGCAUUCCUAUUCAACUGGAUCGGCUUCUUCCUGUCUUUCUGUCUGACCACCUCAGCCGCCGGCCGCUAUGGGGCCAUCUCAGGCUUUGGCCUCUCUCUCAUCAAAUGGAUCCUCAUAGUCCGGUUCUCCACAUACUUCCCUGGUUACUUUGAUGGACAGUACUGGCUGUGGUGGGUGUUUCUGGUGUUGGGCUUCUUGCUCUUUCUUCGAGGAUUCAUCAACUACGCCAGAAUCCGCAAGAUGGCUGACACCUUGUCCACCCUGCCCCGCACCCGAGUCCUCUUCAUCUACUGAGCCUACAAUGCAUCAGUUUACACCAUCUUUUUUUUUUCCCCUUCCAGUGAGACACUUUUAUCCAACCAAAAAGGGAGAAAAGAACUUUUUUCCCCUCUGCUUGACAUAAUUUGGACAAAACAACAUAUACUGUCUCCUUUUGGUGUAAAAUAGUGAAUGCUGAGAAAUCUGUAAAACCCUUCAAUUGUUAGUGGUGAACUGUCAAGUGCUAUUUGCAACUAUGAAGUGUGUGAUGUAUUAAAUUAAUGCCUUAUUUACUGUCUGUUGGUAGCAGCAGCAUGCACUGUUCUCCCAUGUAGUCACCAGGGGGCAGUCUUGCUUGUGUUAUUUUUCACCAGUCUUCUUACUGAUGAACUCAUUUGUACAGAGAGGUGCUCUCAGCCCCAGGCUAAGUGGGUAGUUUGGGGGUUAAGGGUUAUUUGCGCAGUCUGAAUUAAUAUAUUUCGAGUACCAGUUUAAUGUGUAUUUAACUUUUCCAACCAAUAUUUUUUGUCCCUUGUGAAAUAGUAUAUAAUUAAAGUAUUGCAAGGCUAAGAAGGGAAAAUUACUUUUUUUGAGGGGGUUCAGGGGCUGAAAAGGUUGAGGACCACAUGUAUGGAAGAUCAGGGGCUGGGUUUACCCAGAGCAUUUUUCCCCUCAUGUGUUUAGGAAUUGUCCAUGCUAAGUCACACUGUAAUCAGGAAUAAGUUUCCUUAUAUAUUACACAUGUAUAUCAGCAGAGCGGUAACGCAGCAUGAUGUCCAGGGUAGCCAGGAGCAGAACUUUUUGCGCAGGCUGGGGAUCACUGCCUGAAUUGCCAGAUGUGAGUUGGAAACCCUGCCCUAUGAAGAGCAGGGGACACAGUACAUUAAUGCAGAACAUUGAUUUUCCCUUUUGACAUUACAGUGAAAAAGACUAUGAAGAGUCAUUCUUAUUAUGUUUACCCUCUAGUGAAAGUGGAAUGAUUAUUUUGUAUUGCAAGAAUUUUAAGUAUCUGGCUUGGAGAUUAUGUUUGGAAUUAAAGUGGGGAAAAAUCA